UCGUGCGCUCCGGUUUGGUUUGCUCUGCUCGCUGCCGCGCAAGCCGAGGACGGUGGUUCUGGCGGCACGGGACGGCGAGGCCAGGGGUUCUGAGACGCUAAACAGCUGCGGGGGCUUCGAAAGCGGAUCUCCCACGCAGGCUGCUGGUAAAUAACAUGUAAAAGGAGUUUAAAUGACAGCAAAAGAAACCACUUCUGUCGAAGCAGGAGCUGUCAGUGUCCCUUACGGACAUGUGAUUGGAAAUGAGAAAUGGAGAGGGUCACAGAUAGCUCAAGGAUUACAAGGGAAAAUUAAGCUAAUUCUUGAAGAUGGUUUAGGAUUUGUGGAUUUUCAUCUUUCAAACAGAUCUUGCAUUUUGUAUAUUUCGGAAUCAGAUUUGGUGGCAGGAAAUGGCUUCAAAAGACGUCUUGUUCGGUUUAGAAAUGCCAGCAGUCUUCAUGGGAUUGUGAUAGUUGAAAAAACCCAGAUAAGUGAUCAAUACUUUCCGGCAGUGCAGAAGUUUAUUGUGCUAGAACUUGGAAUGACAUUGCUUCCGGUGGCCAAUCAGGGAGAAGCAUCUCAACUUAUUAUUCAGCUAGUCCAUGAGCAAAGUAAGGAUCACACUAGUAACCCCUUUCUUCAUAAAAAAUGUUCCCAGCUAGCGGAGGCAUCAAUACUUCGGACAGUCCAGCAGAUUCCAGGAGUUGGGAAAACAAAAGCUCUGCUUCUACUACAGCAAUUUGUAAGCAUCCACCAGCUUUGCAAUGCAUCUGUCAAGGAUCUCGAGCUAGUAGUAGGACAAACAAUAGCACAACAAAUUCAUGCUUUCUUUACACAGACAAAGUGACAUUCGCUCAUUAAUAUCUCAGACAAAUAUGAGGACUUUCCCCUUUGGAAGUGGAGAGUAAUCUUUGAGUCCUAUUCUAGGUGGAAUUGAUUUAUAUUUUUAAAGAACAAUUCAAGGAUGGACUCCAUUUCCACCUAGUGUCUAUGCUGAAGGCAUCAUUGUCACCCCCAAUCAGCAACUAAAGAGAUGAGCAGGGAUCUUGAGAUUUCAGCCGUCUAUUUAUGUUACAGCUUCACACACACCACGUAUUCUGUCUUCUCCCCACCCCCAAACUCUGCUUGCAUUGCCAGAUCUUCAGCAGAUGUAUGUGGAUGUAGCUGCAUUUAAACCAAGUUGUGAUCUGGCCCCUUGUAUUUCAUGUUCUGAGUGCAGUUUCAUGGUGGUUGUCAGGGAAUUAUUUGAGUUUCUCAUUGUGCAUGAACAUUUGAGUUGUGUGCUAUUCCUUGUGUCUGAGCUGGUUUGCUUUUUUUCCAUAAACCUCAUUUAGGGCCCAGUCCUACAGCCCCUGGUCAUGCCAUUUUGUUCUGUUCACUUUAAUGGGACUAGUAUGAGCUGCAGUACUGAUCCUAUGCUUUAUUACUUUGGAGGCUGCUUUGAGCAGUUCAGCUGCAGUUUCUUAGGCUUUAAAUUUCCAUGCUCAUUUGAAUAGAGCCCUUUUCUAAUAACCUGCUGGAUAUUAUCAUACGUACUUCCUCCUUAUUGCAAGAUGUCCAAUAAACUAGGACGUUUGUUCAUACCUUUUAGUUUUUUCUGGAUUAAGAUAACUAUAAUGCUUUAUCGGUAUGCCAACAACAUCUGCCACAAAUAUAAAAUUUCACAGUCCAACUUCCUUUCCCCUUUACUGCCCCUUCUGAAAGUUUCCUAUAAAGGAAAGGGUUACUGUGCAUUCCUGGCUACCUUGGACUUAACUGUCAAUGGAGGUUCCCUGUCCUUCCAUUUCUUUAGAGCAAAAUUGUCUCUUGCCCUAGACACCAGUUAUGAAGUCUAUCUAAGGUGGGCUACUUGCAUUGCAGGUCUGUGUAGUGGGAAAGUAGCCUUUGCAGGGCUGCUGCUCCCCCCCUCAUUCAGAUGGGUGGAGAGUGGCGAGGAAGAAGCAGGGAAUGGACCCCUUAACACCCACCCAAGGCACCAUCUAGUACAGAGGGGAAGCAAUUACUGGUAUGGACUCCUUACCAGUGGAUGAGAGUAAACUUCCAUUCUAGCCCUAAAUGUUCAAAUUACUGAAAGGCAAUGAGUCCUGAAACUAUGGAGCUAUUGCGCUCCUGGGGCUUGCCUCUGCGAGUUUAAAUUUCAUGUAAAUACAUGUUCAUUGUCCCUUCUCUCACUCCUUCCCACAUACACACUUUCCUUAAGUAAACUGUGGGGCUAUAAAACCUUUCUGUUGUACGCUGUGAUGUGUGUAUUGCCUGGCAAUCUUUUUAUCUAUUGGUACUGCAGGACAAGCACUUUUUUAAAUAUUUCAAAUGGCUGGCUGUUCAGUAGAUUAAAUAAAUCAAGAAGGUAGGUAAUUAGAGCAGUGACUAUUAGUGCUAAUGGGCUGAGCUGCUAAUCUAUUAACAAACCUGUAUUUCCAAGAUUUGGUAACAGCCAUAGACAUUCCUUGUGAGUGAUCCUUCUAAGGAACUUAGCCCUAAAGUAAUCUUUAAACAUAUGUCGGACACAGUUUUUGUGCUGCACAAACAACUUUAUUUUUCAAAUGCAAUUUGCUGUGGAAUUGAUAAUGUAAACCCUAAUGAUUUUGGUCGUUUAAAAAUAAGCUAUCUGAGAUAAGCUAUAAUGAGUCUCCUGUGAGUUGCCAGAAAAUAUUGUAAAAGUUAUUAAAAAUUAGUUGGUAUUUAGGGGGAGGGAUCUCUGAUAUUUAGCCAUGUGAGUGAAAGUACAUUUUGAGGUCAAAAAUUUGAUGAAAACAAUUUUCAAGAGGACUGGUUUGGGUUUUUUGUUUUGUUUACCCUGGUAAUAGGCUUAAAUUAUAAAAGACAAAGUAAGCCUGAAAGAGGGGAAGAUUUACGUGAGCACUAUCUUGUCAUGCUGAGGGUUAUUGCUGUAUCCUCCUACAACAGAGUAUUAUUGAAUUCUACUGCAUGGAAUGUCAGACCUCAACAAUUUGUAUUAUCACCCUCUAGUGACUGCAGCCUGCAUAAAAAUAAAAAGCUCUACUACCUG